GCUUUCACUUGCCAGUGGGGGAAAGGCUGCAGGUUUGUUGUAGAGAGUUUAUCACUGAGACAGGGGUCAAGUGAAAGACAAAGAAAAAUGGCGAUUGCGUUCGUUUACGGGGUUCUGAACAGCAAGGCUUAUACGUUGCAUAGUGUCCUGUCUGCAAUGUACUGGAGCUUCCUUUGGGAUUCUCUGAAUUCGAGGCGCUUUUGAUUGUUGGCUUCCUUUUUCGGAGCAUAGGAGAGUCUUCCAUUUCUCCUUUCCCACUCCUCCCUCCGGAGCAGGAGAGGGAAAAGCAUACCGUAAACCUGGAUGUUAGGGAAUGUCUGCCACUGCAGAUAGUUCAUUUAGUACAGCCUCUCAAGGCGGUGGAAACAGUGAAGCCCAACAUUUGCUGCAGACAUUUUGGCCACGUGUCAUGGAAGAGAUUCGCAACUUAACACCGAAUGAUUUCAAGAUGCAGGAUCUUCCCUUGGCUCGAAUCAAGAAGAUUAUGAAACUCGAUGAAGAUGUAAAGAUGAUCAGCGCAGAGGCACCAGUGCUCUUUGCAAAAGCAGCUCAAAUUUUCAUUACUGAAUUAUCCUUACGAGCAUGGAUACAUACUGAAGAUAACAAACGCAGGACCCUGCAGAGGAAUGAUAUUGCUAUGGCCAUCACAAAGUUCGAUCAGUUUGAUUUUCUAAUUGACAUUGUUCCUAGAGAUGAGCUGAAGCCCCCAAAACGGCAGGAGGAAGUCCGCCAGGCAGUUCCAAGCUCUGAGCAAGUGCAGUACUAUUUCACAUUGGCCCAGCAGCCAACAACGGUGCAAGUACAGGGGCAGCAACAGGGACAAAGCUCCAGUGGCUCAACCAUUCAGCCAAGUCAGAUCAUCAUUGGGCAACCACAGCAGGGUCAGGUUGUGCAAGGAGCCACUGUCCAACAGUUGCAGCAAGUGCAGGUCGCACAGUCUCAGACUACUGCAUCAUCCAUCACGAGUGCCCCGGUGACGAUGCAGGUUGGAGAUGGACAACAGGUGCAGCUUGUGCCGGCACAAAACCAGACGCAGCAGGCUCAGAGCAACUCUGGGCAAACCAUGCAGGUGAUGCAGCAGAUCAUCACCAACACUGGAGAGAUCCAACAGAUACCGGUGCAGUUGAAUGCCGGGCAGCUGCAGUAUAUUCGUUUGGCUCAGCCUGUAUCUGGAGCUCAAGUGGUACAGGGACAGAUCCAGACUCUUACCCCAGGCAAUCCACAGCAGGUUGGUCAAGCAGAGGUUCAACAGGGUCAGCAGCAGCAGCAGCAACAAUACAACCAGUUUACUGAUGGGCAGCAGCUGUACCAGAUUCAACAGGUCACCAUGCCAGCCGGACAGGACAUCGCCCAGCCCAUGUUCAUCCAAUCCACUAAUCAGACUGCAGAUGGACAGACUGCCCAGGUCACGGAAUAGUCCAACAUGAUGGAGAGGUGGAAGCAACUGUCACAGAAGCCAUUGUAUAAAUAGUACAGUAACUAAAUAACUGGGAUAGAAAUUGAAUUUUUAAAGUUUUUUUCACCAUUGCAUUGUGUUAAGUAAAAUUAAUUGUACAUAUAUAAAAUGCAAUAAACUCCUUCUGAGAAGCUUUGUAACCCCAAAUACAAGAGUCGAUGGAAGGAGAAUUUUUGUCUGUGCUGAUUAUCCAGUACCAUCACUGACCAUAUUGCUGUUCUCUUGUUCAGUUGUACAGUGUUGUGCCUGACCUUUUUUUAUAUAAAGAAAUGCAACUCAUGUUAAAAAUGGAAGUAACCUAGACAACUGUGUUUCUUGCUGAAUUAAUAAGGGGUAGUUUAAGUCACAAUUUUGUAAUAAUAGGUUUAUAAACAAGUAUUCCCUCUCAGUCUUAAUCAUCGAAAGAUCUUUACAUGAACAUUGGCUAGAAUUUCAAGAAUGGAUCAUUAGGAUGCAUUUGUAGUGUCAGAUUCAACUUCCUGCAAGAGGAUUUCUUUUGUGGCUCUUGGGUUUGCCACAGUAAAUGUAAAUUCUGUGGAAUGCUAAAUAUUAUUUGCAGGAUGCAUUCUCAAUAACUGUUGUCGUGUGUUUUAGCUGUUGGAAAAAAUGUUUUUUUUCUCUUAUGUUUAAAACGUUUCAAUUGUUUUUAUAAAAUACUGAUUGUUCACAUGAAAUAGGUGUUAAAGUAACUAUACCUUGGAUCUAGCUACGUAACUGACUGGUUAACUGCUUGGGGCCGUAAAGCUGAACAGGUUGGUCAGGGAUUGCGUUAGGUGUAGAUCUAUUCAUGAAGGAUCUCUGAUUAAAUUUUUCCCAGUUCUGCAGCAUGCUGCAAGUCUAGUAAUUCCCUGGAAUGCCAAGGUAAAUCAGCUGCCUUCCAAGACAUGUAUUGCAUUUCUCCAUACUGCUCGAUAAUCUGAAUGAGGGGGAUCCUUUCAUCCAACUAGCAAUAAAUCUUGCACUGUACCUUCACUGCAACUUCUAACUUGCAUUUUGAUAACUCUGGGAUUUUUGCCCAUGUUGAUCAUUGCAUGAAGAAUAUUCUGGUGGCAGUACUGCAGCAGGCUGUUGUUCCCUGGGACCCAUGUACAGUGGACAGUUACCAAAGUAUUCUUUGGCAUCUGGUGGUCCUUCAUUUUAAACUGGAAAGAUCUAAUUUCUUCAACUUUUCUCAUAAGAAAUCCAUGACACUGAUUUUAGAGCCCAUGGGUGUUUUCUGCUUUGUUUCAGUGUCGCCUUUUCUGUUUUGCUGACCAGAGAAAGAAACUGUAGUAAAGAAUGUAACAGGACUUGGCAGAAGCUGCUUGUUACAUGUGUUGUUGAGCAUUGAAUCAGCUUGUUAGUUGCUCCUCUGCACAGUAUUAUGGCCAUUCUCAGGCUAUGAGUGAUGCUGAUUGAGCCAGCUUUUAUCACUCAGCCCUGAUACCCUGGUGAAAUAAUAGACAGCCACCUGGAAUUGUAAUCAUCGUGGUGAAGAUGGUCUUUCAGUCAGAACUUAGAAACAUGAGAAGGCCGUAAGUCCCUUGGGCCACUUUUGCCACUUUGUGAGAUCACAGCUGAUUUGUUGCUCUGUAUACCUAUUUUUUUCAAUGUAACUCUUUGGUUAAUAAAAUCCUACAAUCUCAAGUUUAUCCUCUGGCUUGACAAAAGUUGCCAUGUGCCAAAGAGAGUUCCAAUUGUUUGUCACCAUAUGUGAAGAGAAAUACAUUGGACCUGCUUAUUUUUUCCUUUGCUCCCAAGGGGGAAGAUAUGUCCCAGCAGUUAUUGUUCCCUCCUAUGUAUCCUGUCAGAUCUCCGUAAUGCUUCAAAAAUGUUUAAUCAAAGCACUCUUUAAUCAUUUGAAUUCCAGGAAAGCAGCCAUCGUUCCAGGAUAUUGACCUAAUGUUUGGAGCUAUAAUUGACUUUUAACAGAGCUUCGUAUCUCUAUUUUGACAAUGUGCAAAGAGUAAAUGCUGCUGUAUUCCUCCUGUGAGGCAGAUCUGCCAGUAUUGCUUCAUCUUGUUUCUGCUUUAGUUGGAACAGUUUGCCUCACAUUUUCGCAAUUUCCAAAAUUAAAUGCAUCCUCUCAGUUCUACUGCCUGAAUAAGAUAACGUCCUGAAAAAAGUUAAAAACGUGCAAUCGUUGCUGUAUUUCCAAACAUAAUAGAGAGGUUACUGGAAGGUUUUGGGUGGUCCAUAGAAAAUCCAUAGUCCUUUCAAGUUCCUGUAAUUAUUAAAUCUAAAUUAAUUCAUGUUAAUUGUACAGUAAUCUUUUCUAUUAUCUUUGGAGAACAUAGGGAGUAGAAGAUGAAUUGGCCUCAAGCCUGCUCUAUUAGGAAGUUGGUUGAUUUAAUCUUUGAUCUCAACUUUCAUUUCUUUCCAGAUCCCUUUUAUCACCACCCACCCACCCACCUUCCCCUUCUCGUGCUCUCACAUAUCACCCGCCGGCUUGUACUGCUCCUCAAAUCUUUUUGUUCUGGCUUCUGCAGCCUUCCUUUCCAGUUCUGAUGAAGGGUCUCAGCCUGAAACACCCCUCCAUAGAUGCUGCCUGACUUGACUUCCUCUAGCAUUCUGUGUGUAUUCCCCGGUUUAGUAACUUACUAUUGAGAGACAGUGUUCUUGACUUUGAAGCACUGUAGGGAAGAAAAAAAUAUUUGCUUGAAAAUUUUAAAACUUUCUGUAACCCAUGUAAACAGUUAAAGAUUAGAUUGCCAGAGCAAGGCCGAUGCUAGUCUCAUGUCAUUUAUUGGAAACCUUCUCUGUUCAUCUAACCAGCAGGGGCCAAUUUCCUAAUUGUACUGCAAGCUGUUCAUUGGUUAUGAACAGCAAUCUGUGGACAUCUGUACAUAGAUAGAUCUAACUUGUGUACAUGAUGCUCAUUCCUACACAUGGCAGAACUGGUUUCCCCACUUUUAGCAACUUUCACUUCUGUGUACUUUUGUUGCUGUGUAUUGCAAAACUGCUGGUAAAUUUACCACAUCAAACAAUUUUUGUAUAUUUUCCAAUUUAUAGACAAAUUGGAUAUCUGUAACAACAGAACCUGUUUGUUCCAAUGGGAGAACAGUCCAUAGGAUAGUGCAGAAGGAAGCUAUUCAGUUCAUCUAGCUGAUGAUUGCUAUUUUGAAAAAAUAUCCAAUUAGGGAGCCAGUUAAGUACUUGAAAAGAUGAAAUUUUGCAGAGCUUUGGAGAGAGGUGGGAUUAGCUGGAUUACUGUGCCAGAGAGUUGCUACUGAUCCAACAGAUUGAGGAGUCAGUCUCCUUCAAUGCUGUAACUUUAAUAUGAUUACAUAUGAAGAUAACAAAUUAUGAACAAUCCCUGCUUUGUCAUUUAAUUAGUUCACAGCAGGUCUGAUUUCUAGUUUUAUUUUCUUACCUGUUUGUCAUAUCCCUACAAACUCUUAAAGGAUUGGUCCUUGAUCUGUUUGCAAAGUUACAGCAUCUGUUUCCACCACCCUUGGGGUAGUACCUCCCAAAUUAUAAUGUCCAGGAUUAUUUUCCCUUGCAUAAAAGUUUUUACUUUAAAUCUUUCAUCUCUAACAUUUUGGAAUAUUCCAGGCCAUGGAAAAAAAUGUUCUUGCCUAAUGCACUUGGGAUUUUGAAUGUGUCUACCAACUUUCCUGCUCACCUUUUCUGCUAGGGCAUAAAACUGAUAACUAAUGUGAUAUCUAAGGAACCAGAUAUUUUGUGUUUUAGUGUGCACCUCCUCCUGUAGCAUGGGGUUUAUUUUCUAGGCAGUACACUGACAUGGAAUAAUCUGACUUGGUGCUGAUAGUCCACUCCUUCCAGAAGUCAAUGGCACAGAACCGAGAAAGUUCUUAGGUGUUGUUUAUUGAUCUUUUAAAGAAUUGGUAAUACUAAUACUGGAACAAAACUGGAGGAACUUUUUUGCCCUAGGGAGUGAGCUGAAACCAGCUGUGUCCUUGUUUAGUGUCAGUGAAAGCUGUUUCUAUGUCAGAAAAUUUUAUCAUCCCUAAAAAUGAUUUCUCCUUUGUUGAGCUCUCACUUUGGGUGCGCCUGAGGGAACUAUGGUUAGUUUUUUUGUAUUAUGUGGGUAAAAACCAUUUUCUUUGGGUCUGUGACAAUAUAGACAUCGUGAAUAGAUUUAGGCGGGUGUCAAGAUGAUGCACACUUGAAACUGCAGUAUUCAGACCUAUCUGUGAAGUGUCAUAAGCAGUCAUAGAUCAUGGCAUUUCCAAAGUUGUGAUUGGCAUUAUGAACCUCCCUUUCCCCAUUCCUAUUCCACCCCUUUCUUUCUCCUCUUUUGGAAUUAUUCUUAUUUAUUAUAGCCCAUUUCCAGUAGUGGAUUUUAUUAAAUAAUUGCCUGCAGCCUCAACUGAGAUGACAAGACGUCCACACAAGUCAUGUUUCUACUGAGCUUCUGCAUCCGUCCUUUAAAAAGAUGGGGUUAAGGGUUUAGAAGGUGCAAACUUUGCAGCCACUCCUGGAGGUGAAAUCCUCUCCCUGAAAUGGUUGAGUGCCAUUUCCAGGGUGCAAAUCUGGUAUGCUGGGUCUUGUGCUACACAAUGUUUUGCACUUCUCCGACGCGUGUGAUACACUGGGUGCAUUUGUGAAAUUGUCUUACAGAUUUUCCGAUAUCCAGAAUCUUUGAUAUUAGCCCAGUUAUACUUUAUAUACCUUUAGAAAUAAAAUGUUUUUUGUUAUAA